AUGAAGGACCCGGCGCACCGCACGAAGGUGGUGCUCAGGCGGCUGCCGCCGGCGAUUGCGCAGCAGGCCGUCGUGGACCAGGUUGACGCCCGCUUCGCUGGGCGGUAUGACUGGACCUGCUUCCGCCCCGGGAAUGCCAGCCAAAAGAAUCAUAGAUAUUCUCGUCUCUACCUUAACUUCAAGAGCCCAGAAGAUGUUGUUGAGUUUGCUGAGUUCUUCAAUGGGCAUGUAUUUGUGAAUGAAAAGGGUGCUCAAUUUAAAGCUCUUGUGGAAUAUGCACCAUCACAACAGGUUCCGAAGUCAAAUAUCAAGAAAGAUGCUCGUCAAGGAACUAUAACGAAAGAUCCAGAAUACUUGGAGUUUCUUGAGCUUAUAUCAAAGCCUACUGAGCAUUUGCCAAGUGCUGAAAUUCAGCUUGAAAGGAAAGAAGCUGAAAGAGCAGCUGCUGGAAAGGAGCCCCCUGUUGUGACACCUCUUAUGGUUUAUGUUCGUCAGCAAAGGGCGGCUAAGAGUAUGGCUCAGAGGUCUGUAAGUAGUAGACUAAGCAGAAAAGUUGCAGGUGUGGUAACUAGUAGUUCUAGUCCAUCUAAAAGGUCUUCUGAAAGGCGCAGGGCCUCCACUUCAACGCAGUAUGUUGUGCGAGACAAUGCUAAGGAGAAGCCGACUUACAUCUUAGCGCCAAAGAGAGAUGAUCAUACACACAGAGAGAAAAUCAUUGCUGGAACUUCAGAUGCUACAAGCGGUGGGCCAUCUGGAUCUGCUCAGGUCAUCGACGGUAAAAAGGACAAAAUAGUCCUUCUGAAAGGAAGAGCGAGGGUUGAUUCCAAUAUAUCUGAUAGCUCAACCCCGCAGCAGUCUGUGCCGCCUUCGAGAAAUACACCCCCAUCAACUUCUAGACAAGACCAGCGAAAUGAGGCCAGUGGCAGAAUUAUCAAGACUAUACUUUCAAACAAGGAAGGACGCCAUGCAAUAGCAUCAUCUCAACAUGAGCAAGAAGGUCACAUAAUUAGUGCCGAGAAGGAUAAGAGGCCACCACGGGCUCCGAACUCGCGUUCCACUGUAAAAGAUCAGACUGUUGAAAAUGCUGAGAAAAACCACUAUGAUGACAAGCAUAAUCAUCUGCAUGGUUCUGGACCCAUUGGUGAGAAGAUUGAAAGACAUGCCAGAAAUAGAGAUAGGCCUGACCGAGGUGUUUGGGCCCCUCGCCGCUAUGACAAGUCUGCAUCAGGAGGCGGUACGCAAGCCUCAUCGUCUGAGUUCCCGCUAAUGCAGUCACACUCUAUGGACAAUUUCUCUCAGCAAGUAGAUGGCCAUGGAGAGAGAAAAAUAGACACAAGGAGUCCUGGUGGCCGUGGUGGCCUUGUGGAGAAUGGAAACAGGCAUGCCAACCGCCGUGGUCCGCCACGUGGGUCGAAGGAGAUGGAAAUCCCUCCUAUUACAUCUGAUGGAAAGCCUUCAAAGAGGGGCCCUGCUAGCUAUGUGGCUCAUGAGGUAGACAAGUAUGGGUUCAAAAGUCAAGUUCAGGAUCGUGAACUCUUCCUCUAUAAUUAA